AUGCAGGGCCAGGUCUUAGGGGUCACAACGGGCUCUCCUGGGUGUCAUAAAGGGGAUUGGUGGUGGAAUGAAGAGGUUCAAGGUAAAGUGGAAGCUAAGAAAGCUGCUUAUUUGAAGCUAGUGGAGAGUACAAACGAGGAGAAAAAAAGGACUUAUCGGGAGUGUUACAGAAAGGCAAAGAAAGAGGCGAAGUUAGCAGUUGCGACGGCUAAGAACGCGGCGUUUGCUCGUUUGUACAAGGAGCUCGAGGGCAAAGGCGGGGACAAGAGGCUGUACCGGUUGGCCAAGGCGAGGGAGAGGAAAGCCCGCGACUUAGACCAAGUUAAGUGCAUCAAGGACGAGGAUGGAAAAGUGUUGUUGGACGAGGCACUUAUUAUGAGAAGAUGGAAGACAUACUUUCAUAAAUUGUUGAAUGAGGAGGGGGAUAGACGCAUUGUGCUGGGUGAGUUGGAGCACUCCAAGAGUCGGCCGGAUUUUGGGUACUGUAGGCGGAUUACGGUAGAGGAGGUAGAAGGGGAAACGCGUAAGAUGUGCAAGGGUAGAGCGACGGGGCCAGACGAAAUCCCGGUGGAAUUCUGGAAGAGCGCGGGGCGGGCAGAUUCAGGUACUGCUUAUCAAUCGCAUUAUCAGUAUGUCGAGACAGCUUUGGAGACUUCAAGCUCAGAAAUAUCAAGUGCCAAUAUCAAACGGAUAAAGAACUGCCAUGUAAAGUUCUGGGCAUCAGUGGAAGGAUAA